CGACUUGUAGAGGACGAGAUGGAGCAGCAAGCGGUGGCGACGCGGGCAGUAUUCGUUGUCGGUGCUUCGUCGGUUGGCAAGACGACUCUCUGCAAAGCCAUAGUAGACAAUCUGGCAGUCGAACCUGACAGAUGGAUCAAGGAAACAGCCCGAGAGGUCAUGCGCACUCAAGGAUUCUCGCGAGAUACCACCCACAAGGUGGAAAUGCAACACGCCAUCAUGGCUGCCCAGCUCAACGCAGAAGAACGCGUGCUAACGCGUCCAAGAGGAAAUGGACCAAUCUUACUCUUGAGCGACAGGUCAGCCGUCGACCCCAUCGUCUACGCGGCGACAUCCAGCGUAGACGGUGAAUCGAAGCGGUUGCGGCUGAUUCAAGACCCUGCGUUUCAAGCCACCCUAGCAUUCUACAGAGAAUCAUUGUUCUUCCUCCUUCAACCCGUCCUCGAAUGGUUGCAAGACGACGGUAUCAGGUCUUUGGAGGAUCCAUGGAACUAUAAUGCCCAUCUCCGUACAACUCUGACGGAGCUGGGCAUUCCAUUCGUGGAGAUCGGUGAAGAGUUGAAGGACAUCGCUGAGCGGGUAGAGAUCGCUUCCGAAGUCAAGCACGCGCAUAUAGAGCCGUCCGGCCGAAAUCGCUUCGCGGCCGAGAAACUGGUGCGAUUCAUUGCUGGCGUGGCGAAGCGGUUCGGCUUCUCGGCGCCACCAUGCACGAUCUCAGGAACGGUUCCAUAGGUUCGCUUUGCAGGGAUCACUGGGCGCUUAGCGCUGGAUGGCGACCGGCCAGAUAUUCGCGGGCUGCAGGCUUAGCGAUAUGCUUCAACUACGGGAUAUCAUGGAAGCGUAGGGCCUGAAGGUACCAAUGCGUGAAAGUGCGGCCGCACACGAGCCAUGCCUCAGUACGGGACCGUGCAAUUCAACGGAAAGAGAACGAAAUAGGUGAAGAUGCGGCUAUAACCUGCUAUCAAAUCCUUCGACGACACAACCCCAAAUGCCUCGCCUGCUUUCCAUGGGCGAUCCUCUGGCUAUGCACACGAUCUAAGCCUGCAUUGCACUGCGCCGGUCAUUGUGCGGCGGCGGCGACAUGGCACGUCGACCCUGGCGACUUCGCGCGGACUUAAGUUCUUCCAGUCAAGACUACAACCAUUCUUAUAGCACGUCCAUUACUCGCCUAGUCCGCUCGUCGACCGCCGCUAACCUCCGGAGGAAGACUAUCCCUUAGCCGUAAGUCCUCCUCUCG